AUGGUAAACUUUACCGAGCUGGUCGAAACCUUGCGACAGAUCUUCGCCAACAAUGAAGUGAACGUCGCUGAGGUGAUGCACCUCAUGGAGUCAUACAAAAGUAAUCCAGCUGAAUGGAAACAAUUCGCCAACUUCGACGAGCACAAGUACACCCGCAAUCUUGUCGAUGUUGGCAACGGCAAAUACAACUUGAUCAUUCUUUGUUGGGGCCCUGGUAUGGGAAGCAGUAUUCACGACCAUACUGAUGCGCAUUGUUUUGUGAAGAUCCUUGAUGGAGCACUACUUGAGACGAAGUUCGAUUGGCCUGAAAAUGACAAUCAAGAGGCGCCAUUAAAAAAAUUAGAACAAAAUCUCUACGAUGAGAACGGCGUGUCCUAUAUGAGCGACAAACUUGGUCUUCAUCGUAUGGAAAAUCCCAGUCACUCCGAUACAACCGUAUCAUUACACCUUUAUAUUCCACCUUACGAAGCCUGCAAUGCAUUUGAUGAGCGAACAGGAAAGAAGACGAAAUGUCAGGUGACGUUCUUCACGAAAUAUGGAAAGAAGGUUGACUACAGUGGCAGCAAAACUGGAACGAUAAUCGACUACGGAGCCACUGUCGUGAAUGCUUCAGGAAGGUGA